CAAUGGGGGAUAAUAAUAAUGUGAAGCUACCACCUGGUUUUUGGUUUUGCCCAUCAGAUGAAGAGCUAAUUGUUCAUUUUCUUCAUCGCAAGAUAUCUCUAUUACCUUGUCAUCCUGAUGUUAUUCCUGAUCUUCAUCUUCAUCAUUAUGAUCCUUGGGAUUUGGAUGGAAAAGCAAUGACAGGAGGAAAUAAAUGGUAUUUCUAUAGCAGGAGAACACAUGAGACCUCUAGAAUCACAAACAAUGGAUAUUGGAAACCUUUGGGAGUUGAUGAAACAAUCUUGUCAACUUCUAAUCACAACCUUGGAAUGAAGAAAUACUAUACAUUUUACAUGGGUCAGCCACCACAAGGCCAUAAAACCAAUUGGCUAAUGCAAGAAUAUAGCCACAUCUCUAAUUCUUCACCUUCACCAAGUAGCAGUCGAAGAAGAAGAAGUCAAUCAAAAACUGACUAUAGUAAAUGGGUAAUUUGUCGUGUAUAUGAAAGCAACUGUGACAGCGACGAAAAUGAUGACCCGGAGCUUUCAUGUUUGGAUGAAGUGUUCCUUUCAUUAGAUGAUCUUGAUGAUGAUGAGAUUAGUUUAAUUAAUUAAUUAAUUAAUUAGAUCCACAAAAAAAUGAUCUAAUUAAUCUCAUACUUUAUUUCCCAUUAUUAUAGAUUUUUUGAAUAUUAAAUUUCCCCAGUAAAAACAAAAGA